AGCGCUAUACAAAUAAACUUGAAUUGAAUUGAAUUGAAGAAUGUGUGCAGGAACUGUUGCACACUAUUACAAAUAUCUAUGGAAUUCUUGAAUCUGAUUGGUUAACUGCAGAAUUAAAGGGGUAUUUCACCCAAAAAUGACAAUUCUGUCAUUAAUUAUUCACACUCAUGUCAUUCUCAACCUCUUUGUUCAUCUUUCGAACACAAAUUAAGAUAUUUUUUGUUGAAAUUCAAGAGCUUUUAACCAUUCAAAGCCAAGAAAAGUAGUGAGGACAUUGUUCGUUAAAAUAGUCCACGUGACAUCAGUGUUCAACUGUAAUCUUAUGAAGCUCUGUGAAUUUUUGUGUGGAAAGAAAACUAAAAUAAUGUGUUUAUUCAACAGUUUCUUCUCUUCCGUGUCAGCCUUCAAUGGUAUUAACAAGAGUACUAUGACACAUUAAAAAAAAAUAUUAUAACAGAUAUAAUGAAAUGUUUUAAUAUUUGUAUUUUAUAUAUAUAUAUAUAUUUCUCUGAAAGGGUCUAUAAUACAAUUUACAAUUUUUCAAUAAGAUUUGUAUUUUUGUUAGUUCCUCAGGGUCGUGAAUCUGAUGGCUUAGAUGAUAUAGAACAACUGGAGAUUUCAGUGUUUGGUCUCUUUUGCUAGCUUCUUCUGCUCAUAAAAAGAAAAAGAAAAAAUCCAAACCAUCUCUUUUCUAAUGCCCCUGCUUUAACGGGUGAUAAAGAUAUCAUUUUGGACACACCAUGAAGUUAUGGUGGUGGGUUUAGCCAUUCUAGGAAUGGAUGCAAUCAAUAAUAAAGGUAAGUGUGCUAGCAUUAAAAAGCCAAGUGUAGGUUUAACAGGAUUUACAUUCAAAAGGGAUGCUAUCAUUUAACUUUUUAAUUAAAGAAGGAGUAUGUACUUAAAAUACUAUAGUCAUGUCCUGUGUUGGAGUUUCCUAAGGCUGUAUUUAUAUCUCCAAAAAUACAGGAAAAAAACCCUGAAAUAUUGUUUACUGCUACUCGUCCUUCACUGUCGUCGCUCUUUUUUUUUUGUAUCCUUCCGAUCUCCUCCGUGGGGGCCGAGACCGGUGAGUGGAGCAGGUGUCGCUCAUUUCCCAAUCACUCCACCGGCCUCGCUCCGUUCCCACGGCUCUCGGUCCCGCCCCACUCAUCACAAAUAUAUUUCAAAAUUGAUUUUUCUUUUUUUAUUGCCUGCAAUGGUAAACAGUUGCUUAUUUUAUAAAUUUUACUGCUUCAAGUACCAAAAAAAAAAUAGUUAAUGUCCCCCAAAAAUAGGUUAUAAUGUAAUCACGUUCAUAUAAUGUACUGUUAUUUAUUUAAUGGAAUAAAUUUUUAUGCAGCUGUUGUCAUGUAACAUCAGGUCAUAAUGACCAUGGGCUGUCAAAAACAUCCUCAUAAAUGUUUGUAGUGUAUGUGUUAUAUUGCAAAGAUAUGAUUUGUUUAUGGAACAGACAGAAAAGUCACAAUUUCGCUCUUGCCUAAAUCUUACAUCUAGACCGUAUAGUGGCUCGAUUAAACUUUAAAAGAUUGCGAUCUUGAUUUAAACACCCUCACAAUCUUAUUCCUACAUAAAAAUGAUCCAGCAGUGUGUAUGAAACCUUUGAAAAAUACAAUCACAGCAGAACAAAUAAAUCUGUGUUUGCACUGCUGCGUACCCAGGGAGAACAGUUGUCAUGUAUAGGUGUGAAACAGCUUCACAAACAGCUGAAGCGCACAGUUUGGUUAUUAAGGAUAUCAAUACAUCGUUUUGCCAGUAGAUGGCGACAAGUGGCUGAUUAAAAAAAAAAAAAUUGUUAAUGAUUAGUUCAUUCAAUGAUUUGUUAAAAAAAAGCUAAUUCAGUCAUGUUAAGUCCUUAUGAGUAAGUCAUUAAACUAUGCAUUCAAACAGAAAUUUUAAAAAUAUUUCUAGAAUAAAUUGCAGCAGUUAACAUUUUGUCAGAACUUCUCGUAAAUUGCGUUAUAUUGUUGUAGUUGUCUGUUCAGAAUCAUGAUCUUUUUUUAACCAAAAAAUUAAUAAAUAAUCGUGAUUCUGCAUUCAUCCAGGGUCAUGCAGCUCUACUAGCAUGUAUCCAGAAUCGUCUAAAUGGUGCAGCAUGUUCGGUUAUUACAGUAAUUUGAUACAGUGAUUGAUAACUGGUCGAUUUUAGUCCGUUCCUUACACAGAGAUGUUGUAUAGCUUCAGAAGACUGAAAUACAGCUCUUGAAUCACAUUGAGCACUAUAAUGUUGAUCUACUAUUGAUGUUGAUUUCACAAAAAAUCUAUUCUGAUUAGUCUGUCACAUGUUUUCCAACAGAUCACCCAGUGUCUUUCUUAUUGGUGGGACUGGGUGGUGGUGGUUUAGCCCAGUUUGUGCAUGACUUUGUGCCGUGUGCAAGAGAGGCUAAAUGUUACACUGUGAGAUGGACUGGAGCACAUCAAGACACUGGAGAGUGAAGGAGUGCAUUCUUUUGAUGUCAUCAUGUUUGACGUUGAUAGCAAAGACUCCACCCUGGGCAUGAGCUGCCCUCCACCUGCCUUUUUAGAAACAUCACUUCUGAUGAAAGUUUACAGCUUAUCAACCCCUCGAGGGCUCUUCAUGUUGAACUUAGUGUGUCGUGACUCCGCACUCAGGAUGUCAGUUGUUGAACAUGUUCAAGCCGUGUUUCCGUGUGUGUUCUCUCGUGAAUCGAGAGUGAAGUCAACGAGGUGCUGCUGUGCUGCAGAAGUUCAGGAGAGGGACACAAACCUCACACCAUUCCACAGACAUUACAGCAGACAGCAAGAAACCUACAGAAGACACUAUGUGCCAACACCCAGACUGCACCAUGUGUGCCUCAAAAAAGCGAAUUAUUAUUAUUUUUAUCAAAUUAACAUCUGGUUUCACUUGGCAAAAUGUGCAUCAUUUUCAUGGUUAAGAAAUUAACUUAGUUGCAUUCUUAUGUCACAACACCUUUAACAAAAUGGCAUACAGCCUGGCUCAUAUUUCAUCUUAUUCCAGAAAAAAAAAAAAAAAAACACAAUGGUACACUUUAUGGUACACACUUUAUGGUACAAAUGAUGGCAAUAUGUUCAGAUAAAAUUAAGUGUAAGGGUCAGUACCUGAAAAAAUUUGGAGGUGAACAUUUUCUUUCAGAAACUGCUAAUAAAUUUGACAAAUGAUUACAAAUAAAAACUGCACAUAACAUUACAUUUUGAGGUAGAAAGACUGAAAUACUAUUUUCUUGUAAAAUAAUAUUUACCUAAAAACUCCAAUAAUGAAAAUUUACAGUUUGCAUUAUAUCUUGCUGGACUGCUUUAAGUUUAAACAACCUUAAAAACUAAAUUUAAAAGAAAAUACUGUUGUCUCAAAGUCAUUCUUUCAUCAAACAAUAAGAGUGAAUCGGGGUAAUGGUCCUGAAACAAAUAAAACCAAAAUAAUAAUAAAGUCACUGACAAUAAAUAUCAGUUUUUAUUUUACUGUUGUAAAGUGAAAUGCACUGUAGACUUCACACAGAAGCAAACUAUCUGGCAACCCUGUAGUGGCUGUGAAGUGUUAUUUUUACUGGAUGAAAUGAGGGUGGGGGAAUGUCACGCUCGGUAGUGCUGGUGGGUCAUAAAAACAAAUAAAAUAAUAAACAUAUAGUAGCUAUCCUAUUUUGUUUGUUAAUUAUGAAAACAAUUAUAAUUUUAUAUAUAAUGUAGCUUUGUUUAUACCAUGGUGUUGCAUUUAUUCUUGACUUAACAACUCUUAUCUAAUUUCACUUAUAUUAUUUUGAUGUAUUGUAUUGUAUAUUGAUUUGAGGUUUGCGUUUGAACAUAUUAUUGACAUACAGAUCGGAUUUACCUGCCGCUGUUGAAAUCAUUCAGACUGUGGAAGAACAGUGCCACUAGUAGACUCACCUACGUCACUUUUUACUUUUUCAAAUUACUUCGAAUUUUUUAUUUUAUUUUUGUAUCUCAUUCAGCUGUGUGCAUUACAUAAUAAUAAAUAUUAUAAAAUAAAUAACAAUAUAAUCAAAUCUGUACCUCGAGACUCUGAUCAGAGGAGUGGCGUCUGCGCGAGCACGCGCACGCGCACUCCACGAGCGGACAGUCACUGUCAGGUCUCGAUCAUAAGUUGAAGUUCGGGACAGACGAGCGGAUAAAACAGUCAACUUCCACUGGAGAUAGUCCAUGUGGUUUCUUUAUAUGCCGCCUUAUAGUUUAUUUGGGCUCGUCGUAAAGUGUGUGUGUGCUUUUAAGUUAACGUUAGUCGCUGCUGCUCUCGAGCGCCGUUACUCUCAACUGCUGCGUCUGUCAGGACCAAGCGCUCGGAAAAACUCACAUCAGGAGAACUGUCCGCUGCGUCCCGUGGUUCGCGCGCCGGCAGCAUCCUCGCGGCUCCGUAACCAUGGGCAACCGGGGGAUGGAGGAGCUGAUCCCGCUGGUGAACCGGCUGCAGGACGCCUUCAGCGCCAUCGGACAGAGCUGCGACCUGGACCUGCCGCAGAUCGCGGUCGUCGGGGGUCAGAGCGCAGGAAAGAGCUCAGUCCUGGAAAAUUUCGUGGGCAGAGAUUUCCUGCCUAGAGGCUCAGGAAUUGUUACAAGGAGACCACUUGUCCUUCAGCUCAUUAGUUCAACUUCAGAGCAUGCUGAUUUUCUGCACUGUAAAGGAAAGCAGUUUACAGACUUCGAUGAUGUCCGACGGGAGAUCGAAGCAGAGACAGACAGAGUCACGGGAACAAAUAAGGGCAUAUCCUCCGUUCCCAUCAACCUUCGUGUCUACUCUCCAAAUGUUUUGAACCUCACUCUGAUAGAUCUUCCAGGCAUAACUAAAGUACCUGUGGGAGAUCAGCCCCCUGACAUUGAAUACCAGAUCAGAGACAUGAUCAUGCAGUUCAUCUGCAGAGAGAAUUGUCUCAUCCUGGCUGUCACACCAGCUAACAUGGAUCUGGCUAACUCUGAUGCUCUUAAACUGGCCAAAGAUGUGGAUCCACAGGGCCAUCGCACCAUCGGUGUGAUCACUAAGCUGGAUCUGAUGGACAAGGGCACAGAUGUUAGGGACGUGCUGGAGAACAGGUUACUGCCACUACGCAGAGGUUAUGUUGGUGUGGUCAACCGUAGUCAGAAGGACAUUGAGGGGAAAAAGGACAUCAGUGCAGCUCUGGCUGCCGAAAGACGGUUCUUCAAGUCACAUCCUGCAUAUAGACACAUGGCAGACUGCAUGGGCACACCGUACUUACAGAAGCUCCUCAAUCAGCAACUUACCAACCACAUUCGUGACACAUUACCAGCAUUACGCAGUCGACUGCAGGGCCAGCUUCUGUCACUGGAUAAAGAGGCAGAGGAGUACAAGUGCUUGAACCCAGAUGACCCCUCACGCAAGACCAAGGCCUUAAUGCAGCUGAUACAGCACUUUGGGUUGGAUUUUGAGAAGCGGAUCGAGGGAUCUGGAGAUCAGGUUGACACAGUGGAGCUUUCAGGAGGAGCCAAAAUCAACCGCAUCUUUCAUGAGCGCUUUCCUUUUGAGCUGGUUAAGAUGGAGUUUGAUGAGAAAGAAUUACGAAGGGAGAUCAGUUACGCCAUUAAAAACAUCCAUGGCAUCAGGACAGGCCUGUUCACACCCGAUAUGGCCUUUGAAGCUAUAGUGAAGAAGCAGAUUGUGAAGCUUAAAGGGCCGUGUCUCAAGUGUGUAGACAUGGUGAUCCAGGAGCUCAUCAACACAGUACAGCAGUGUACCAACAAGUUGGAGUCCUUUCCAAAACUGCGAGAGGAGACAGAGAGGAUAGUGACCACACACAUUCGGGAACGAGAGAGUCAAGCCAAAGACCAGGUUUUACUCUCACUAGAGAUUCAACUCUCUUACAUCAACACAAACCAUGAAGAUUUUAUCGGGUUCGCAAACGCUCAACAGAAAACCAGUCAAACAAGUAAGAAGCCUUCAGCUGGGAACCAGGUGAUUCGCAAGGGCUGGUUAACCAUCACCAACAUCAGUCUGAUCAAAGGAGGCGCCAAGGAGUACUGGUUCAUGCUCACAGCAGAGAGUCUGUCCUGGUUUAAAGAUGAUGAAGAAAAAGAGAAGAAAUACAUGCUUCCUCUGGACAACCUGAAGGUGCGAGACAUAGAAAAGGGCUUCAUGUCCAGCAAGCAUGUCUUUGCCAUCUUUAACACAGAGCAGAGGAACGUGUAUAAGGACUACAGGCAUCUGGAGCUGGCCUGUGACACUCAGGACGAGGUGGACAGCUGGAAGGCCUCUCUGCUGCGAGCUGGGGUUUAUCCAGAGAAAACCACAGUGGAUGGAGAGGGUCCAGCUCAGGCGGAGAGCUUCUCCAUGGACCCUCAGUUAGAGCGUCAGGUCGAGACCAUCCGCAACCUGGUUGACUCGUACAUGAGCAUCGUCUACAAAAGCAUCCGAGACCUGAUGCCCAAGACCAUCAUGCACCUUGUCAUCAACAAUGUAGAGGAGUUUAUCCACUCUGAGUUGCUGGCUCAGUUGUACUCUUCAGGAGAUCAGUACUCUCUGAUGGAUGAGUCUCCUGAACAGGCUCUGCGUAGAGAAGAGGUGUUGUGUACCCACGCCGCCCUGAAGGAGGCACUAAACAUAAUCACUGACAUCUCUACUUCUACCAUCUCCACCCCGUUGCCACCCCCAGUCGAUAACUCUUGGCUCCAUAGUGGCUCGCUACACCGAAGGUCUCCUCCAGGUUAUAGUGUCCCUAAGAAGCAUCCUGCUCCGCCUGCUCCUUCGUUACCAGCUCGCUCUGACGCUCCUGGGGUCACACCGGUCUCCAACAGCACAGACACCACCAACACUACCAGCCGCCCCAAACGAGUCCCUCCUAGUGUUCCCAGGAGACAGCCGCCGGCGGUGCCCACUCAACAGCCCCACUGAGACACCGAUGCCCACCAUUGAGACAACAACUGCUUGAAUUUUCAUUAAGAAGACAAAACCGCAAAGAUUCACAUCUUACACACGGUGAAAAACUAUCAAAACAGAUUUCAAUGAAGAAAACUGAUCUCCAGAUGGUUUUUUAGGCUCACCGAAUCUGCUUUUGGGGUUGAGAUUGAGCAAUGUGCCGAGGUUUGUUCCUGUUUUGUACAUAGGUUGAUGUUUGCAAUGUGAGUUCAGCUCUUUAUCAGGCUUAAAUAAAAAGCAUUGUGGGAUUUUGUAAAUACUGUGUGCUAAAGAAGUCCGACAACCGGGGUUGUAUUGUUCAAAUUGCUCACGGUAAGUGAAUGCUAUCUGAACCAACCCCUAAUCCCGAGAUUAAAACUCCAGCGUGUCAU